GUACGCCUGCGCGCGGCUGGGGGGCGGUCAGGCGGGGCUCCAGCCUGGAAGGUGCCUGUGGGGCUGGGGCCCGGAGUGGGAGACGUGGAGUGCAGCAAUUACAAUGGCCUGAGCACUACAGAGGAGGAAUAAACCAGACACGGACAUAGCAAGGGACACAUACAAGUUGAUUAUGUGUGAUUGACUUGUAUACAAGAUACGAGGGCGCACACAAAUCUCACCAAGCCGCAUGUUUCAAGGGCUUACUAUGCUUCCUGUCUCCCAUGGAUGAUCUCAUUGAUUCUUCUGAGCAAAUAUGAGGUAAUGCAUGCCCAAGGUACAAAAAUUCACAAGGUUUGUAGACGAGAAAAGACGUGAAGUUCCUUUUAUUCUUUACCUGUGGCCUCCCUGCCCCACACGGGGACGCUAGGGUGGAAUGUAGCAAAGCCCAUCCCCCAGCCAUGUACUGCCCCCCAACAGGGCCAGGUUGGAGCGACCGCCUCUGGGGGACCGGGCCCCCCUUCUCGCUGCGGUGAGCCCGGGCUGAGAUGCGCACUGCGCAGACUCCCUGCUGCAGUGGGCGGAGCUCCCGCUUGCCCCGCCCCCUCCCACCCCUGUUCAGCCUGUCCCGGCAGAAGCUGGGGCCCGACGGAGGUAGCAGCAGACGCUUGCGAGCGCGUCCGAGGCCCCUCGGGUUUGGAGACCCUGACACACCCACCUUCUCACCUGGGCUUUGCGAACCCCCCAGCCUCAAGGCGAGAUGAAGCCUAAACUGAUGUACCAGGAGCUAAAGGUGCCUGUAGAGGAGCCUGCCAGCGAGCUGCCCAUGAAUGAGAUUGAGGCGUGGAAGGCUGCAGAAAAGAAAGCCCGCUGGGUCCUGCUGGUCCUCAUUCUGGCGGUUGUGGGCUUCGGAGCUCUGAUGACUCAGCUGUUUCUAUGGGAAUACGGCGACUUGCAUCUCUUUGGGCCCAACCAGCGCCCAGCCCCCUGCUAUGACCCUUGCGAAGCAGUGCUGGUGGAAAGCAUUCCUGAGGGCCUGGACUUCCCCAACGCCUCCAUGGGGAACCCUUCCACCAGCCAGGCCUGGCUGAGCCUGCUUGCUGGUGCACGCAGCAGCCUGGACAUCGCCUCCUUCUACUGGACCCUCACCAACGAUGACACCCACACGAAGGAGCCCUCUGCCCAGCAGGGUGAAGAGGUCCUCCAGCAGCUGCAGACCCUGGCACCAAAGGGCGUGAAUGUCCGCAUCGCUGUGAGCAAGCCCAACGGGCCCCAGCCUCAGGCGGACCUGCAGGCCCUUCUGCAGAGCGGUGCCCAGGUUCGCAUGGUAGACAUGCAGAAGCUGACCCAUGGCGUCCUGCAUACCAAGUUCUGGGUGGUGGACCAGACGCACUUCUACCUGGGCAGUGCCAACAUGGACUGGCGCUCACUGACCCAGGUCAAGGAGCUGGGCGUGGUCAUGUACAACUGCAGCUGCCUGGCCCGUGACCUGACCAAGAUCUUUGAGGCCUACUGGUUCCUGGGCCAGGCAGGCAGCUCCAUCCCAUCAACUUGGCCCCGGCCCUAUGACACCCGCUACAACCAAGAGACACCAAUGGAGAUCUGCCUCAAUGGAACCCCUGCUCUGGCCUACCUGGCGAGUGCGCCCCCACCCCUGUGUCCAAGUGGCCGCACUCCAGACCUGAAGGCUCUACUCAACGUGGUGGACAGUGCCCGGAGUUUCAUCUACAUCGCAGUCAUGAACUACUUGCCCACUCUGGAGUUCUCCCACCCUCGCAGGUUCUGGCCUGCCAUUGACGACGGGCUGCGACGGGCCUCCUAUGAGCGUGGUGUCAAGGUGCGCCUGCUCGUCAGCUGCUGGGGACACUCGGACCCAUCCAUACGGGCCUUCCUGCUCUCCCUGGCUGCCCUGCGUGACAACCAUACCCACUCUGACAUCCAGGUGAAACUCUUUGUGGUCCCCGCGGAUGAGGCCCAGGCCCGAAUCCCAUAUGCCCGCGUCAACCACAACAAGUACAUGGUGACCGAACGCGCCACCUACAUUGGAACCUCCAACUGGUCGGGCAACUACUUCACAGAGACGGCGGGUACCUCGCUGCUGGUGACGCAGAACGGGAGGGGUGGCCUGCGGAGCCAGCUGGAGGCCGUUUUCCUGAGGGACUGGGACUCCCCUUACAGCCAUGACCUUGACACCUCAGCUGACAGCGUGGGCAACGCCUGCCGCCUGCUCUGAGGCCUGGUCCAGCGGACAGGCCGAGGCCUGCUGGGCCCCCACGGACCCAGAUGCUCUGGGUCAUGGUCCCUGUCCCCGUGCCCCCGCUUCUGUCUGCCCCAUUGUGGCUCCUCAGGCUCUCUCCCCUGCUCUCCCACCUCUACCUCUGCCCCCACCGGCCUGACGCUGUGGCCCUGGGACCCAGCAGAGCUGGGGGAGGGAUCAGCCCCCAAAGAAGUGGUGGUGCAUGCUGGGCCCGGCCCCCCUGGCCUAUCCCCACUUUCCAGGGCAAAAAAGGGCCCAAGGUUAUAAUAAGAAGUAAAUAAUUUGUCUGUACA